GAGAGAAGCUCUGUUGCGGCCUUUUGAGAGAGAGAGAGAGAGAGAGAAGAUGAGUGGAGGAUUGGGGAAGUUAGUGAAGAAGGGGCUGGGGGAGAUGGGAUUCAACAUGGGUGGUGGCGCCAUCAACUGGUUUCCUGGUCACAUGGCUGCCGCCACUCGCGCUAUUCGCGACCGUCUUAAGUUCGCAGACUUCGUCAUCGAAGUCAGAGAUUCCCGUAUUCCAUUGUCUUCUGCUAAUGAGGACCUGCAACCUGUACUUUCCAGCAAAAGGCGAGUCAUUGCUCUCAAUAAGAAGGAUUUGGCCAAUCCCAAUAUAAUGCAUAAAUGGAUUCAAUAUUUCGAUUCAAAUAAGCAAGAUUGCCUUUUGAUAAAUGCACACAGCAAAGGUUCUGUUAAGAAGCUUCUUGACCUUGUGGAGCUGAAGUUGAAGGAACGGAUUUCAAGGGAGCCUACUCUUCUUGUUAUGGUGGUUGGUGUGCCCAAUGUUGGCAAGUCGUCUCUUAUUAAUUCCAUCCAUCAAAUUGCAUCUGCUCGCUUUCCUGUGCAGGAAAAGAUGAAGCGAGCCAUAGUUGGACCUUUGCCAGGUGUAACUCAAGAUAUAGCUGGAUAUAAGAUUGCACAUAAACCUAGCAUAUAUGUUCUGGACACACCGGGUGUAUUAGUUCCGAGCAUCCCAGAUAUAGAGACUGGACUAAAGCUAGCUGUAACAGGGUCAGUGAAAGAUUCAGUUGUCGGUGAGGAACGUCUCGCCCAGUACUUACUAGCUGUUUUGAACAGUCGAAGUACUCCCUUUCAUUGGAAGAACUUGAAUAACAGAAUUUUGGAACGACUCAAAUAUGGAUCUGUGGACAAAAAUGACGAUAAACUUAGAGCCCUUUUGCCAAAAAAGAAGAAACAGCUUGAUGAUUCUAAUGUAUGGUAUAUUGAGGAUUUAGUUACGCAAGUCCAGCAUGCACUCUACCUCACAUUCUCAGAAUUUGAUGGCAAUAUGGAAGACGAGAAUGAUUUGGAGAGUCUCAUAGAAGAGCAGUUCAUUGCAUUACAGAAAGCAAUGAAGGUACCCCCUCAUAAGCCAUCUGAUGAGGCUCGCACCAUUGUAUCUAAGAAGUUCCUUACUCUGUUUAGGAUGGGCAAACUUGGUCCUUUCACUCUAGAUGAUGUUCCAGAAACCUCAGAUUCCACACAUUGAUACUCCUAUUCUGAUUUUUAUAUAUUGAAUUUUUAUGUAGAAUAUUUCUUGUGAUGCACAAGAGAAUCACUUCACAUCUUUUGUGU